CACCUAUCACACACCUGGCUUACUGUGUAUGCACAUUCGGCAGACGCGCGAGAUCCACUAUGACGGGGCGGCAUGUUCGCAAGCUCGGAGCCCACUUUACGCUUUGCUCACCGUCGUCUCAUCUAGACCCGACCAUUUCAGCCUCGUGCACGGUGCCGCAACACUCUAGCCGUGCGCUCGAUAAUCAGCGACGAUGUAACGACAACUUCCACGCCAUUGUCGCCGAGAAACGUUCCCUAUGGUUGUUCGGGCGAAUGACCGAGAUCUACAUCCACAUCUCGGCGCCAACAAGCCGUUGCAUCUAUUCUGGUUAGGUUUCUCGCUUCGCACGCCGUCAGACGUUGAAGCUGUCUUUUCCACGGCACGCACGUUGUUGGGCACUAAGUACAUUUGGGACAGCGACGUUGACAGUAUGUGUACAAUUGUAAAUCAAUUAUGG